AUGGAUAGAUUACGUGCACUAGAGGACAAAAUUGACAGGCUGGCAGACAUUACACGACUCUGGCUGGGCAGGUCUUCUCCCUGGCCGGCGAGCUCCAGACGAGUCCAAAAAUUGCUGCCCAGAGGUGCUGCUGGGAGUGGUAGAUCAGAGGCACGUAAUGGUGGUGUUGGGGAGACCAGCAGGGGGGACAUGCAAUUGGGUGAGACCUGCAGUGGAGACAAGGGACUGGGUGAUGUACUGUGUGUGAGUGGGGAAUUGGAUAGAGAGGGCAAACGGGGUGAGGCGGUGGAGAGAGCAGUGAGAAGACUGGUGAAACUAGGGGAGGGAAAGAGGGGUGGAAUUGGGAGUGGUAUGGAUGAGAACGCUCAGGAGGGGGGGAAAUCUCAGGAGGAGGGGGAAGGAGGAGGGGGUAGAAGUGAGAAUGUUGUGGGGUGGGGAGAUGGGGAGGAGGGUGCGUGUGUGGGUGAGAGAAGGGGAGAGGAGGAAGAGAAGGCGUCGAGAAGAAGAAAAAUAGGAGAGGCGGGGGAAUGCGAGGGCAGCAGCACACCUGAGAAAGAGGGUUUGCCAAAGGAAGGGGAGGAGGCAGAAGAGGCAGCGGAGGAGGAGGAGGAUUCACAGGAGGAGGAGGUGAUAGGGGUGGUGUCUUUAGUAUUGGCAGAGAACAGAGAGCUGCGGCGCAUGCUGCGAAGGAGUCAGGAGAGAGAGAGGAGAGCAGCAGACAGAUGCAGGGAAAUGGAAGAUAACAUGGAGCUGCGGCGCAUGUUUAAAUAG